AUGGCGAGAGUUCUACUUUGGGUAGUGUGUGUUUCAGUGUGUUAUCAUGUAGAGGUGGGUUUGUGUAGUUUGAACGUUCCACCUCCUCUGCCAGUUUUGCCAGUGCCAAGUUCCAGUCAGGUGAAAUGGCAGCAGAGAGAAAUGAUCAUGUUUAUUCACUUUGGUAUUAAUACAUUCACCAAUAGUGAACGGGGAACGGGGAAAGAGAAUCCUGAGUUGUUCAAUCCCAAUGGGCUUGAUGCAAUUCAAUGGGCUACAGUGGCCAAGGAGGCCGGGUUUUCUCUCCUUAUUUUGACUGCCAAACACCAUGAUGGGUUUUGUCUCUGGCCUUCUGCGUAUACAAAUCAAUCAGUGAAAAGCAGCCUGUGGAAAGAUGGAAAAGGAGAUGUUGUGAAAGAUCUAUCAGAGGCUGUCAGGGCCCAAGGCCUGGAUUUAGGUCUGUAUUUGUCUCCCUGGGAUCGUUUUGAGCCUUUCUAUGGGAAUGAGCUGCAGUACAAUGAAUUCUAUUUGGGGCAGCUGCAGGAGCUCCUCACCAAGUAUGGCGCCAUAUCGGAGGUAUGGAUUGACAAAUUCAAAAAAGAUAACAUAACAAUGACAUACUUGUUCUCCAAGUGGGUUGCCAUUAUUAAAGAGUUACAGAUACAUGCAAACGUGGUCUCAAACGCAGGACCAGACGUCAGAUGGGUGGGAAACGAAAACGGUACAGCCGGAUUAACCUCUUGGUCCACCAUCAAUGGAUCUUCCUAUCCCUUCGACCAAGGUAGUAAGGGGUAUUUGAACAGUGGAGACCCAUAUGGAACUGAUUGGAUUCCUCCAGAAUGCGAUGUAUCCAUCAGGAAAGGCUGGUUUUGGCACUCAGAUCAGAAACCCAAAUCACUAAGCCAAUUGCUGGACAUCUACUACACUUCAGUGGGAAGAAACUGCGUCCUUUUGCUCAACAUUCCGCCAAACACAACUGGCCUUCUAUCUGAAGAAGACGCAGAAAGAGUAAUCGAAUUCAGCAAGGCUAUAAAAACCAUUUUUUCUAAGGAUCUGGCUGCUUCAGCUUCUGUCACAGCAAGCAGUGUGAGAGGGGAAACCUUCAGCCCUAGCAAUGUAUUGAACAAUGAUCUCUGGACUUAUUGGGCGCCCAAGGAUUUCAGGAGCAGCAAAAAAUCUCAUUGGAUAGAAUUGAAAGUCGAAGAGGUUGUUGAAUUUAACGUUGUAAGGAUUCAGGAGACCAUAGUACUGGGGCAAAGGGUGAUGGAAUAUGGAGUUUAUGUAUCAGGCGUUGAUGAGAAGAAAAUGAUGCUUGUGAGUAAUGGGACUACAAUUGGUUACAAGAAGCUUCAUAGACUCGAAAACCCUGUGAAAGCUAUCAGGGUUUUGCUAGUGAUUUGGAAGUACAAAGGGAAUGUGCCCAUCAUUUCUUCUUUUGGCCUGCAUUUUGACCCAGUUUACAAUGCAUCUAUCAAUAAAUAUUAG